CUCCUUGCUAAUUUGCCAAAUUCGGGUUUAGCCAUGGUUGGAAGAAGUGUAUCACAGGAGCCUACUAUGGCUGAUGCUGUUUCAUACAUUGAAUCUGUGAAGGAAGAAUUUCAUGAUGAACCUGCAAAAUUUGACGAGUUUAGAAUGCGCUUGAAUGAAGUUCGUGAUGAUAGAGUUGAGAAAGAUAGGAUCACUGCAAGAAUCAACGAACUUAUUAGUGGGAACCCCAAGCUGCAUCUUGGUUCAAAAGUCUUCUUUCCCGAGGCUGAGAUAACCAUCCCUCCCAAGGUUGAGCAACGCCAUGAGUCUGUUGAUGCCAAAAAGAAACGUGCUAAUCGUGAGAAUCAUAGGAAGAAGAAGCUUAAGUGCCUUGAUAGUCUUGUAUUUCCCCCAAUGACGAAAAAGAUUGAUGAGGGGAAGAAGUCGGUAAAGAAGGUGCACAAGAAGUUUCUCGUCUUAUCCAAGGUUGAUAGAACCAUCCCUCCUGAUGCGAACAAAGAGUUAAGGAAAUCUCGAACCAUGUUUGGAAAAAGUGUACCACUAGAGAAAACUCUCGAUGAUGCACGUUCAUACAUAGAUUCUGUGAAGGAAGCAUUUCAUGAUGAGCCUGCAAAAUAUGCCGAGUUUCUCAAGCUCUUGAAUGAUUAUAAAGCUCGUAGACUCGAUGCCGAUAGUGUCAUUGCAAGAGUGGACGAACUCACGAAAGAUCACCGGAAUCUGCUUCUUGGUUUAAGGGCCAUCCUCCUGCCUGCGGCUAAAUCAACAAUUCCUCACAAGGCUAAGGGUAAAAGAACCGCCCGUCCCGAGGCUAGCAGAACCAUCCCUGUGAAGCUUAAGAUAACCAUUAUUCCACCAAAGGCUAGAAGAACCAUCCCUUCCGAGGCUGACAAACCUACACACACUGAUGAAUUGAACUUUAUGAACAAGCUUCCACCAAAGCGUAGAAGAACCAUCCCUUCCGAGGCUGAGAAACCGACACACACUGAUGAAUUGAACUUUAUGAACAAGCUUCCAACAAAGCGUAGAAGAACCAUCCCUUCCGAGGCUGAGAAACCUACACACACUGAUGAAUUGAACUUUAUGAACAAGCUUCCAACAAAGGCUAGAAGAACCAUCCCUUCCGAGGCUGAGAAACCUACACACACUGAUGAAUUGAACUUUAUGAACAAGCUUAAGACAAGGUUUCAGAGAAUCGAUACUCAUGUAGUUGGGUCAUUUCACUCGAUAAUGACAAUGUAUAAGGAAGGAAAGAAGUCACGGAAAGAGGUGCACGAGGAGGUCUGUGAUCUUCUCUAUUACCAUGAAGAUUUGAGAGCGGAUUUCACCAGAAUCUUUCCUAAACUUGGAUCCUUUCGCAUCAACAUCUCUACUAUCUCAGUGCAUUUGUUUCUUGAAAUCUUUGAAGUCGUUUACACUGUGAAGAGGAAGCUUCUUGCUCGUUCGGUAACUACACGACCUUAUUCUUCUUCGUUCACAGUAUCACUGAAGCUAACUAUGGAUGAUGAUUAUCGUUUAGAGAUCGCUUCUACUAUACGUGAAACAGUUACAUACAUCGCUGAUGUGAAGGAAGCAUUUCUUGACGAACCUGCAAAGUUUCACGAGUUUCUUAGGCUCAUGAAUGAUGUUUGUGAUCAUAAAAUCGAAGAAGCUAAUGGCAGUGCAAGGAUGGCUGAAAUCAUUAAAGGGCACCCGAGGCUGCUUCUUGUUUUAAGUGUCUUCUUUCCCAAGUCUAAGCAAUACGAAGAGGCUGCCAGAUCCAUCUCCUCCGAGGCUAGUAGAACCAUCCCUCCAAAGGCAACCAUACCUCCCAAGUCUAGCAGAACCAUUUCUCCCAAGGCUAACAGAACCAUCCCUCCCAAGUCGAAGAAAACCUUCCCUCGAGAGGCUAAGAGAACUAUCCCUCGAGAGGCUAAUAGAAACAGAAUCAUGCCUUCUGAAGCGAAGAAAACCAUCCAUCCAGAGGAUAAGAGAACCACCCGUCCUGUGGAUCAUUUAGCCUUCUUCAUUCCAAAGGCUAAGAGAACCAUCCCUCCAGCUGAGUCUAAUAAAAACAAAAAAAACGCAAGGUUUCAGGGCUAUGGUAGUCAUGUAGUUAACUCAGUUCUCCAGAUAUUGAAAAUGUACAGUGAGGGAAACAAGUCCAAAGAUGAGGCGUAUCAGGAGGUCGUUUCACUUCUUCAGAAUCAUGUAGAUUUAGUCAUGGAGUUUGGCGACUAUUUCAGUGGAAUCUCUGCCUAUAAUAGGUUCUUAAGAGAUGGAAAAGAGUAG